CUUUUAGGCCACGGGAUCAUGGCAAGUGCGCUGGCGUCUAGUGUCCGUGAGUACAAUUUCCGAUUGUCCGACGUUUGUAAACAAUAGUGUGUAAACGUUUGCGUCUAAUCCGACUUGAGAUCGUUUCUUUAGUCGCGUACGCUUCAUUGUAGUCGUUGUCAGUCGCUGUAAUCGAGCAAUACAUACAUACAGUCAGGCAAUCACAACUGUAUUUAUCCGUUGAGAUUGCAACUUGCUUUUAUAAUUGAUUUAUAAUUCACACCAGACUGUUAGUCGUCUAUAGCAAAGCAAUCAUUCUGCAAGAUCGAUCUUGCACGUGUCGAAACGCGACGCACGCAAUAUUAAUCGUACAAGAGCAAUUUCGCGCCACAUGACAGUUGAAGUUUAAUACGAAGCUGUGAGGAUUAAUCAAACAUAGCCCGUGAGAACAAUUUAAGCACAUUUAUUUACCUGUGGUGUCGCGAGCAAGCAACCCCCCCCCCACACACACACACAAACGCACGCGCAAAAAUACACAAACGUUGGCUAUAUCAAGCAUCCCUCAAGGAGCAUCUCAUCAGACCGUCCAAAAAAAGAGCCUGAACGACGCGGUGGAAGAAUGGCCUUCUCAUUUAUUGCAUUGAUUCUCCUUUGGUCUUUCUCUCUCACCUCAGCGUCACGCAAUACAACAGCAGGCUGUGCCAUUAUUCGCCCACCACGUGAUGGAGGGAUAAGAUACAGGGGUCUGACCCAAGAGCAGAUUCGUAGCGUGCAGGUGUUGCCGGUAGACUACGAAAUCGAGUACAUCUGCAGAGGGAACAGGGUGAUCGUUGGGCCAAAGGUCAGAAAGUGUUUGCCCGAUGGCACCUGGACUGAUCUGACCCAGCACAGCAGAUGCUUACUGCCUUGCGCGAGGGUGUGGACGUCUCUGGAGAACGGGCGAGUGACUGUCCACCCUCCAGGCCCGGCAGUGGAGGGCACCAUACUGCACUACUCCUGUCUGGAGGGUUUCAUCCUGGUGGGCAGAAACAGCACGCAGUGCACUAAACUCGGCAAGUGGGACUCACCCAAACCUGUGUGCCACUAUGACAGACAUUAUACAGGCAAGAAGAAACUCUACAUCGGAGCCCUGUUCCCUAUGAGUGGAGGAUGGCCGGGCGGGCAGGCAUGUCUUCCCUCUGCUCAAAUGGCUCUGGAUCUAGUAAACAAGAGAACGGAUAUUCUCCCGGAUUAUGAACUUGAAUUAAUCUACUAUGACAGCAUGUGCGACCCAGGAGAAGCCACAAAGCUUCUGUAUGACCUACUCUACACGGAGCCCAUAAAGAUCGUCCUGAUGCCCGGCUGCAGUUCUGUCUCCACGCUGGUGGCCGAAGCCGCUCGGAUGUGGAACCUCAUAGUGUUGUCCUACGGCUCCAGUUCCCCAGCUCUCUCCAAUCGACAGCGAUUUCCAACGUUCUUCCGAACGCAUCCAUCCGCCACCCUUCAUAACCCCACCCGCGUGCAGCUCUUCCAGAAAUGGAAGUGGACCAAGAUCGCCACUAUCCAGCAAACCACUGAGGUCUUCACCUCGACGCUGGAUGAUCUAGAGCAGAGGGUGAAGGAGGCCGGGAUCGAGAUCAGCGUCAGGCAGAGCUUCCUUACGGAUCCCGCAGUCGCCGUCAAAAACCUCAAGCGCCAGGAUGCUCGGAUCAUCGUGGGUCUGUUCUACGAAACGGAAGCCAGGAAAGUUUUUUGCGAGGUCUAUAAGGAGAAGCUGUAUGGGAAAAAGUAUGUGUGGUUUCUGAUUGGCUGGUACGCCGACAACUGGUUCAAGAUUAAAGAUCCAUCCAUCAACUGCACCGUGGAGCAAAUGACUGAAGCUGUGGAGGGACACGUUACCACGGAGAUUGUGAUGCUCAAUCCAGAAACGGUCAGAGGGGCGUCCAACCUGACCUCACAGGAGUUCCUAACCCAGCUGAUGUCCAAGCUCGGUGGGAAAAAUCCAGAGGAAACCGGCGGAUUCCAGGAAGCUCCUUUGGCGUACGAUGCGGUUUGGGCCCUUGCUCUGGCUCUCAAUAAGACAGUGGGGCCCUUAAAAGCAAAGGGACGAAGGCUGGAAGACUUUAAUUACAAUAACAAGGACAUUACGGCUGAGAUCUACAGAGCCCUUAACACCAGCUCCUUCGAGGGAGUAUCGGGUCAUGUAGUGUUUGACGCACAGGGCUCCAGAAUGGCUUGGACACUCAUUGAACAACUGCAAGGAGGAAGCUACAAGAAGAUUGGAUACUAUGAUAUGACCAAAGGCAAUCUCUCCUGGUAUGGGAAUGACAGGUGGAUAGGCGCUGAACCACCUGCGGAUCAAACUGUGGUUAUACAACAGUUCAGAUAUCUAUCACAAAAACUCUUCAUCUCGGUUUCUGUUUUUGCUGGUUUGGGGAUUUUGAUGGGGAUCGUUUGUCUGACCUUUAACAUUUACAACAGUAACGUAAGGUAUAUACAAAACUCUCAGCCCUACCUGAACAACAUGACUGCGGUCGGCUGUAUGAUGGCUCUGGCAGCUGUUUUCCCGCUGGGAAUCGAUGGACUUCAUGUACAGAACUCUCAGUUUCCUGUGGUCUGCCAGUUUCGUUUGUGGCUGCUUGGACUCGGUUUCAGUUUGGCUUACGGCAGCAUGUUUACAAAGAUAUGGUGGGUCCACACUGUGUUCACGAAGAAGGAUGAAAAGAAAGACAAGAGGAAACAACACCUGGAGCCCUGGAAGCUGUAUGCCACCGUCGGGGUCCUGCUGGUUAUUGACGUCCUGUCCCUUAUGAUUUGGCAGAUCGUGGAUCCCCUCUACAUCACGGUGGAGAAGUUCACUAAAGAAGCGCCUAAAGGGGACGUGGAUCAGUUGAUUGAACCGUUGCUGCAGCACUGCAGUUCAGAGAAGAUGAACACAUGGCUCGGAGUCGUGUACGGCUACAAGGGCUUACUGCUGCUCCUGGGUAUUUUCCUGGCUUACGAAACCAAAUCUGUGUCCACCGAGAAAAUAAACGAUCACCGAGCUGUCGGAAUGGCCAUCUACAACGUAUCCGUGUUGUGCAUGAUCACCGCUCCCGUCACGAUGAUCCUGUCAUCCAAGCAGGACGCCUCAUUCGCCUUCGCCUCGCUGGCCAUCAUCUUCUCCGUCUACAUCACACUAGUUGUGCUUUUUGUUCCUAAGAUGAGGAGGCUGAUCACUCGCGGUGAAUGGCAGUCAGACCAGCAGGAAACCAUGAAGACCGGCUCUUCCACAAACAACAAUGAUGAAGAGAAAUCCCGUCAGUUGGAGAGAGAGAACAAGGAGCUGCAGAAAAUCAUUCAGGAGAAAGAGGAGCGAGUAUCAGAGCUCAGAAACCAGCUGUCAGAGAGACAAGCCCUGCGCUCCAGGAGACGCCCGUCAUCGACCAAUCAGAACCACAGUACGCCUUCUUUGCCAAAUCCUCAGAACGAUCCCAAAUCCCUCCUACCCCCACCAGGAUACCCCCUACCCGCUUCCGACAACCACUCUCUCCCUCCCACCUUCUCAAACUCCUCGGUCCUUUACCAGCCCGACGGCAAGAUAAACCGCAACAACUGUCACCCCAGCCGACUGCAGCUCCUCUACAAGUGAGCGCGGAGAUAUCGCAGAUGUUAAAAAGGAAGCACAAACGGGGCAAAGCAAAAGUGGAGACGCUACCUUGAUCCACUUUUCUACCCAACAGAACCGCUUUUCUUUCUUUUUUCAUUGGUUUCUUUUGUUUUCGGCACGGGAGGUCGUGUCGUUGACUAGUCUCUCGAAUCUGUCGUCGUGUCGCCACAUUUGAAAGCCACACAUGCUGUGAGAUGAGCUAGUUUGUUCGAAUGACUUAUCUUCAAAUGUUUGGCUCUGUGAAAAGAUGACUUGCGAACAUCCUCACAGACACUACUUCGGUCAAAGUGGAUUCUGGGUCCAAAAUUAGAUAUAAAAUCGCCAGUUAUGCCAUGAACUGCAGCAAUAUGUGGGCUGAGUGGUUUUGUGAACUUCGCUAAGGUGAUGAUGACGUGCAUGAUAUAAAUCAAAAACACAUAAAGCAUCUACUUAAGAAGAACAACUAACAACCUCAUUGGAAAUUGUAUCUUCAGAAGUUCAUUCAGGAUGCCGUACGUUUAUUGACAUUUAAUAAACCAUCAAAACCGUGACAAGAAAGAAAAUCUCUACAACAUUGAUUACUGUUGUUUACUAUUUGUCACAGAUAUAACAAUAGUACAUUUGCCAUUUACUAUCAAAAAUGUCAUGAGUGGGUUACACUAUGUUUUUAAGGUACAGUUUAACUCUUUCUCCGCCAGUGGCGAGUUAUUUGUGAAUUAGCAGAAAACCGUUUCCAUGUCAAUGAUGAGUUUUUACGGCAAUCCAUAUUUCCGCUAUUAUCCACCAGGUGGCGCGUUUAUACAACUUAUAUAACACUGAAGCAACCACUGAUCCAAAAACAGUAAAAACUCUGUACGUGUUUUGAUUAUUGUUCUGAGUCUAAUCUUCAACAAAAAAUGUUUUUUUUCUUUGUUUGAAAGCAGAGGGUCUGUUCUUUCAUUUGAUAUAUAGUAUGUUUAUAUAUUUAAAGAAAUUUUCUGGAAGGCAUUAAACUUUUGUGAAAAUCAUAAAAAAUGCUGUCACUGGCUGGCAACUUUUUUUAAAUACUGGUGGGGAAAGAGUUAAGAACAUGUACAUUAUUUAAUAUUAUACAACAGUUCUUUGAGGUUCUUGAAUCUGAUUGGCUGAGAGGCUUUUCCAGCCGUGGUAUAUUCCCGUAGUAUCAUCAUGGGAACCGCUUCCGCAUUUUUUUUGUUUUACCACCAAUUGUUUAAUGCUGCGUUUACACCAACCGCGGUAGAGGCGUGAAGCGCGAGUGAUUUAAAUUUUAAGUCAAUAUGAAGGCGCGUUGAUGCGCGUCUGGAAGUCCCGCGGCGCGGAAUGCGCGUUUCCGCCCGAAAGGCGCGAAUUAAGUGUUGUGUGCGGUACGCACGAAUGGUGCUUUUUGUGCAUUCUGCGGUUCACGCAAAUUUGCGACUGACAGCCGAGUUGAAAAAUUUGAACUUUGGCGGAAUUUCGCGCCACGUUAACCAAUCAGGAGCCUGCUUGCUGCUGUGGCGGCAGCCCGGCCCAGAGUCAAUCAUUCAACCUGAAGGAACGCUUGAUAUUGUCCGUAAGCAGUCACCCGGAGCUAUACGACACAAGUUCUUAUUUCAAUAGAGGAGACAGGAAUAAAAAGGACCUCGCUUGAAAGAGUGAGGACAUUGGGCAACCUGGUAAGUUGUAAAUGCACAUUUCACUUUUGAGUCACGUGACAUUUAUCGACCCGCGCCGUUUAUUUCCCCCCUAUAGUAAGGUUACCAAAUACAAACCGGUAACACUCUCGAUAAAUGCACAAUCAACAUCAGUCAUCUUGCAAACAGGCAACCGCAUAGCACUUGCCCCUCCCACAAGAAGCGGAUUUUGUCCAUGACGCACAUCAAAUGCUUGCUUUUUCCGCAUGUCUACUUCGCUCUACACGCGCGAAUGCAUUCAAACUGUUCAAGCGGCAAACUUGGCACGGUAGAUGCGAUUUUGACGCUUGAAAUGCGGUUGGUGUAAACGCAGCAUAAGUCUUAGUAAAGUAGGCUUGUUUAACAUCUUAAACCAUACUUUCACAUAUUUGUGACUGAAUAAAGCUGCUACCAGAGAGGAAGGUCACACACACAAUUUCUUUUAAACAUAUUAAUGUCACAAAUACUAAAAACAAGCGCUUAAGUACUUCAAUUAACUAAAUCAUUAUCACCAACACCGCUGCCCUCUAUUGUUCGACUGUAUAAGUGACAGCGCUUUAUUUGAUCUGCGUUUAGCGGAUUCAUUUAACAAAAUAAUUUUUUGGGAUAAACCCCUUGAGAUGCACCAUCUUGUUUUAGUAAUAGUGCAUCUAUUAGCACAGACUGUAAACACUAUACCAGUUUGUUUUAAACACAUAUCCAGAUGAAUAUAUAGUGUUAAGUGCCCAGCUAAAAGGAUGACCUGUCAUCCUGGGAUUUGAAUCCAACUCUAAAACAAUUGGUGCUAAAUAGCACUAAAAGCUCGUAAUCAUAGAAGAACCUUUUUUAGUGCUGUAUAGCACCUAUGAAGAACCAUACGGGGGUGAUAUAGCACCACUAUAGCACCAGAUAUGGUUCUAUAAAGCACCACACAGGUGCUACAAAAUGGUUCCCGUAUGAUUACGAGCCAGUGAACCACUUUUAGUGCUGUUUAGCACUGUUUGUUUUUAGAGUGCAUGGCGGAAGAAACCAGUUCUGCACAAAAGAGGCUUUUACAUAUUUUUUUACACACUUGUGCCGUCCAACUGUUGCAAAUAAAAUGCAACAUAAAUGCAAUAUCGCUUUCGUAGUCGUGUGUUAUGGCUUUAUAUCAGCAUGUCUCCUGUACUUGUGCCUCUGGCUAAUCACAGUCGUGCUGAUAUAGAGCAAUAUCACAUGACUACAAGAGCGAUAUUGCGUUAUACAUUAAUCGCAACGUUUUUGAUGCUUUAUUAAGCAGUCUUGUGGCAGUAUUUUUGAGUAAUUUAUGCAUUUGCAGUAUGUCAAUAAAUAAAGAAGCAGGCUGUUUAAAGGUGCAGUGUGUACAUUUUAGCGCCAUCUAGUGGUGAGAAUUGCAACCAACGGCUUAGUCCACUGCUCACCCCUUGCUUUUGAAACGCAUAGAGAAGCUACGAUAGCCACCAUCGGAAAAACAUGUCAUCCUCGGAGACAACUUAGUAAAAAAAAUUCAGUUUAGGGCUUCUGUAGAAAAAUGGUGGCACAAAAUGGCUACUUCCAUGUUUAUCGGUGUAUGUAGACAAAAAGGCCUUGUUCUAAGGUAAUAAACACACAACGGUUCAUUAUGAAAGGUCUUUAUACACCCCUGAUAAUAUAGUUUUUACUUUGCAUUUCUGUCAAGAGAUCAUUCUAAAAAUUACACACUGCACCUUUAAAUUAGUAGAAACGCAGGUGUUUUUUAAUCAUGCUGUUUUAACCACAUUUGAACACUGAAUCCAAUUACGAAUUUUGUGAUUUGAUUUUCAAUUCAAUUCAGUUCAAUUUUAUUUAUAUAGCGCUUUUCACAAAAGUCAAUUGUUUCAAAGCAGCUUUACAUAAAUAGAAGCAGUGAAAAGCACAGAAAAACGACAGAUAGCACAACAAAAUACAAAAUAAAUUUGCUGCGGCUAUGACUCAAUAUUAUAAGUGCACGUAUUACUAAAGCAACGUCUAGAAGAGGAAGCUAAGUAAAGCCCAUUUGAUGCUGCGUCUUGAUAAAUAUUUUUUUCAUACAGUGAGACAAUUGCUAAUAACCUGCCCUAGUAAUAUUUCACAGUACUCAGUAACAUGCUUGCAUUCAAAUCAUCUGGUAUUACGUCCCGGACAGCGGUUGAGUCCAGAGCCGACUGCUUCCUGGGAUGCAGAUGUACGCUAGGAUAAUUUUGGUUCGAUUUUUUUAUACUUGCAUUUAUUCAUUUGGCAGAUGUUUCUAGCCAAAGUGACUUAAAGUGCAUUCCAGGUUUACAUUUUAUCAUUAUGUGUUUUCUCGGUGAAUCACAUUCUUGACCAUGUGCUUACGGGCGGCAUGUUCCAGUUUAACUUCCUACAGGAACUCCUUUUUAUCAUGUGUGUUUCAUUGGUAAUCAACAAAUGUUGCAAUUUCAACAUGACAUCAGCAGCAAUCCUUGCUUGACACGCAACUGAGUAUUGCAUACAAUCUCCAUCCUUCCUGUUUUGUCACCCCGUAACCCUGUUUUGAACUCAUCAUAGAUUGAGACAAAGGUGGGGUUUUAACUAUUUAAAGUUUUGACAUAACUUAUAAAAACAAGUUGAAAUUGUUUAACUAAAUUUGUUAAGUUAAAGUAACAUAAACAUUGAUUUGACAUCAUUUUUACAGUGUAUGCCACCCUCUCAUAAACUACUUUUAACUCUGUGGUGGAUAUAGGUUUGCACAUCAUAAAACAUUUUUAUGUUGUUCUAGAAUGAUGUAUUAUGUAUGCUGGCUGUAACCAACUUGUCAUCAAAAAGUUAUCCCUAGCUGGGGCGGUUCCCUUUUAAAAAGUACACCUUUGCACCUAAAGAGUACCAAAUGUAUACAUGUAUCUGUAUAAUAAGAAUACUUCCCCAGUGAUUAUCGCCAUUUGUGUAGCAGACACCAAACCAUUUGAAGGGUGCAUUGCGAGUGUCACCUUUUAUUUUGGCAGUCUGACCGCCCUUGGUUAUGUGGGUACACAUGUGGGUCAUGACUCAUGAUCAAGUAGUUUUUCCAUUAAGACUCAUUUGCAAUAAGUUACAUUACACAUCUUCUGUCAUUACACACAAACAUACAUAACACGCACGUCUCACUCAUCAGCUGCUUUAUAUAGUCAUCAAACGACACUUCCUUUUGAAUAAACUCCCAGACGUGUUACGCCACUUUCCAUUUCAGAUUAAAAAUCCCUGCAGUACGGUAGAGUACAAGGUUUCUAGAUUGAGUCAAAAGGAAACUCUUUCACAUUCGAUCAUAUAAAGCAUUCACGUACUUGUGUGUUGAUGAUGUCAUUCUGACACUUGGGUUAGACUUGGAUUCCUUAUACGAACUGUACAGAAGUUUCUUUGUUAUUGGGUUUUCAUCUGCCUUUAUUUUCUUCUGUGUCAUUUCGGAGAGAUUAGAUGUACAGACAGCAUCGCUAAACAUUGGACAAUUUUAUUUAUUUGGAUAAACGUGGACAAUGAGAGUAUAAUUGGUCUAUUCAUAAGUGCUUAUAACAUUUCCGCAUUUCUUAGAGACAUAGUAUUAUAUAUAAAUAAAAUAUUGACUCAUUACUAGAUAUUUUUAAUUAAACAGACUGUGCUUGGAAUAGCACGCUAUGCUUAUCAUUUCUGUAGUAUAUGUACUAUGUAUGUAGUACAGUUUGUGCUGGUUACUGUAUCCUACUGUGCAAUUUAGCAUUCCGGUAAUAUUAUCAAUGGUCUAAUUAUAUUAAACUAUGCAUAAUUGUUAUAUACUUUUCCUUAAAACAUUGUUAAGGAAGGACCGACAAAUGUUAAUGCAUUUUUACACAAACUGGGUUUAAAAAUGCUCAAGAACUGUCAUGAGGUCAGGUGACAAAAACAAAGCAUUUAAUGUAGGGCUGCAAAACGAUUAAUCACGAACAAUUGUUUACAGAAGAAAUGUUUUUGUUUACAUCAUAUAUAUGUGUGUGUGUGUGUGUGUGUACUGUGUAUAAUAAUUAUGUAUAUAUAAAUACACAAACAUGCAUGUAUAAUUUUAAGAAAAAAAAAUUUUUUAAAUAUUAAGUAUUGAUAAUUAUAUAUAUUAUAAAUUAUAUAUAAAUAUAAAAUGUAUACAUGUAAAUAUUUCUUAUAACAUACAUAUAUAUUCAUUGCAAAACGAGAUAAAUCCAUUUUUUACAUCUUUGUCAUAAUAUGUUUAUUAUUAUGUUAUUAUUUUGUUUUAUGGUGCUACUUAGCUGUAUUUUUUAAGUUAUGAAGGUUUAAAUCAAAAGUUAAAUCAAAAUAUAUAUAUAUAUAGACCGUUUCAGCAGUAACAACAUAAACAAGCGGCUGUCGCGGUCCGCACGUAACUUCCGGUAAGCUCCGCUAAGAAUAAAUAACAACAAAGUUCUUUAAACGUAGUUUAUUUAUAUAACAAGCAAAAAAACAACACAUAGAUUACCUAGGAAACCAAAACAUUUGUUAUUUUCGAGGAGGCAUUUGUUCAAGAGAUCAGUUUAGCAACUAGUCAGACCAUUAAAAAAACGAAACCAGAAGUAAAGUUCGGAUCCAGACGUCUAUCACGUGCGUCCGAUGAAACCGUCUAUAUAUGCAUAAUUACACACACAUAUAUGAUGUAAACAAAAACUUUUAUUCUGUAAAUUAUUAUUUGCGAUUAAUCGUUUUGCAGCCCUAAUUAAAAGUUCAAAAUGUGUAUGAUCACAUAAUGCAUGCUGUUAAAUUUAAUUUAUAAGUUAGUAUCCAGGAUGCUAUGUAUACUGUACAGUAGUAUGCAGUAAGCAGUGCAUUGGUUUUCUGCUCCAAACAUAAACAGCUAUUGAUGUCACUGCAGUAUGAUGUCACUGAUUUCAAAUAAGUCAUGAGCACUUGUGGUUGGUAAAAUGAUGCUUUACAUAAACACUGACGCAAAAGACUCUGAGGAAUCUUGGGGGACAAUAAACCCCAGCGUUACGUAAUAACAUUUAACUGGUGAUUUUUUUUUUUCAAAUGGUGGUCAUGAUGCUGGUGCCCAUAUAUGGACAAUAUGCACAAAUGUUAAUUGUGUAAAUGCUAAAUGUACAUGAUAAAUGUAUUCUCUUGCACAUGAAGUAAAUAAAGUAUUCGUAUGUGGUAUUUAAAAUAUAUUUGUAUUUGUACUAUGAUAGGACCUGUACAACAUAACUGGUGUCUGGUGAAAUAAAGACUAUUGUUUUGCUACAAUUUUUAAAAAUG